AUGGGUAAGGGUACUCCUUCGUUCGGUAAGCGUCAUAACAAAUCCCACACUUUGUGUAGCAGAUGUGGUCGUCGUUCUCUGCACAUUCAAAAGAAGACUUGUGCUUCCUGUGGCUACCCUGCUGCUAAGACUAGAUCUUUCAACUGGGGUGCUAAGGCUAAGAGAAGAAAGACUACCGGUACUGGUAGAAUGCAAUACUUGAAGCACAUCUCCAGAAGAUUCAAGAACGGUUUCCAAACUGGUUCUCCUAAGGCUUCUGUUUCUGCUUAG